AUGACUUCUACACACGAUUGCCCAUGUGGACUAGAUUGCCAGUGUGGAUCUUCGUGCAAUUGCGUUGGAAAAGCUACUACGUUUAGCGAAAUGAAAGCAGAUAAUUGCUGUGUAGCUGUCAAUGCACCAACUGCCAAUGUGACUUUACGGGUGGAU